CUUAUCUCCAGAGCCAGCCUUGGCUCCCUGGCGCUCGGCCCCUCAGUCUGGGCCCUUUGCCAUGGGGUCUCUGCUCCCCCUCUCGCUGCUGCUUUUGCUGGCGGCCGCCUACCCGGGAGGCGGGAGAGCGCGUCGGCGCCGGGGAGCGCGGGCCCAAGGCCCGGGAGGCAGCUCCCCGGCGCCCUCGGACACCUCAGCGCCGUUCUGGGUGCGCGUAAGCCCCGGGUUCAAGGCGGUGCAGCCGGGGGGCUCAGUGUGGCUCAACUGCAGCACCAGCUGCCCCCUGCCGGAGAAUUCCAGCCUCAGCACUGGGCUGCAGCGGGGCCAAACGCUCAGCGGGCCCGGCUGGGUAUCCUACCAGCUGCUGGACGUGAGAGCCUGGAGCUCCGAGGUGCGCUGCUUCGUCACCUGCGCAGGAGAAACACGGGGGGCCACGGCCAAGAUCACCGCCUACAAACGGCCGCAAAGCGUGAUCCUGGAGCCUCCGCUCUUGGUGGGCAAUGAAUACACUCUGCGCUGCCACGUGACGCACGUAUUCCCCGUGGGCUUCCUGGUGGUGACUCUGAGGCGCGGCGGCCGGGUCAUCUACUCUGAGAACCUGAAGCGCUACACCGGCACUGAUCUGGCCAACGUGACGCUGACUUACACGUUGCCCGCCAGGCCCCGCGACUUCUGGAAACCGGUGACCUGCCACGCACGCCUCAGUCUUGAUGGCUUGGUGGUCCGCAGCAGCUCGGCACCCAUAACGCUGACGGGCCUCGCUUGGCGCCCUGCGCGCAAAGCCUUGGCCUCCACCUCCAUCGCAGCCUUAGCGGGGAUCCUUCUCGUCGUGGGGGCCGCCUACCUGCGAAAACGGCCAUUGAUGCAGAACCGGAGUAAAGAGAGGAGGGUCUCUGCCGGCUGAGCCGGAGGAAAAAGGAAUCUGGGACAACUGGGGGGAACCCUGACUGAUUCAAUAAAGUCC